GGCACCCUGACGAGGAAGGCCCGGGCUGCGGGGCCCCCGCCCCUCUUCUCUCGGCUGGUAGUCGGGGGCGGGCCCGCCGGAAUGACAGGGAAGUGAGACACUGGAUCUGAGGGAGCGCCAUGGCAGUGUUUCUGGAGGCCAAGAAUGCCCAUUCGGUCCUGAAACGGUUCCCUCGUGCCAAUGAAUUCCUGGAGGAGCUGCGCCAGGGGACCAUCGAGCGGGAGUGCAUGGAGGAGAUCUGCAGCUACGAGGAGGUCAAGGAGGUGUUUGAGGACAAGGAGAAAACGAUGGAGUUCUGGAAAGGGUACCCGAAUGCAGUCUAUUCAGUCCGAGACCCUGCGCAGAGCUCAGAUGCCAUGUACGUGGUGGUGCCCCUUCUGGGGGUGGCGUUGUUGAUCGUCAUCGCCUUGUUCAUCAUCUGGAGGUGCCAGCUGCAGAAGGCCACCCGUCAUCACCCCUCGUAUGCUCAGAACCGGUACUUGGCGAGUCGCGCGGGGCACAGCCUGCCCCGGGUCAUGGUCUACCGGGGCACCGUGCACAGCCAGGGGGAGCCCUCUGGGCACCGGGAGACAGGGAGCCCCCCGCAGGUGGUGCUGGGGCCUAGCCGCGGGGGUAGGGCCACGGUCCGCCUCGAGAGCACCCUCUACCUUCCCGAGCUGUCUCUCUCCAGGCUGUCCAGUGCCACCCCUCCCCCGUCCUACGAGGAGGUGACUGCCCCCCAGGAGAGCAGCAGUGACGAAGCGAGCGUCUCUUACAGUGACCCCCCCCCAAAGUAUGAGGAGAUAGUGGCCGCCAACCCUGACUCAGACAAGUAAUAGAGGACUCGUGUCCUGGCCAGCGUGAAAGCCCCGUUCAGGGGCCUCCUGUUUUCUUUUUAACUUUUUUAAGACUGUGCCACCACGAAACAGCCUUAGCCUCCUUGUUGCCAAAUAAUUUCCUAGCCGUGGAUGUGUCGGAAGUGGGUUGUGUCAGAGACAGGUGGAGGGGGAGAGCCACAGGCCAGAGAGCCCAGCUCUUCCAGAAGCCCUCACGCCCCCGCCGUCCCGGCCUCCUGUCCGGGACUGGCUUCUCUUAUGCCAAAGGAAUCACCCCCGUUGAAUUGACUGUGGCCACAAUGUCCACAGGCUCGGGCCCGGGGGCCACGCA